AUGAGGUUGUCAUAGAGCUGCGUUCUGCAGUUUUUCCAUCGGAUCGCUCUAAUAAUCAGCUAGUUUAAUCAUGUCCCAAUUGCUCACCAAUGGCUUGUGAAGAGCGUGCAAAGCCAUCCUUUGGUAUGGAUCAAGCACAGCCAUUGGGGACCACCAGGUUGCGUGCCUCUCGUCGAAGACCCCGUGCAUCGCGUGCCUGCGAAACUUGCCGAGUGCGUAAAACCAAGUGUGACCAAGCCCAACCAUGUUCCUAUUGCGACUACCAUUCUUUGGACUGCUUUUAUCGUGAGAUCGGUUCAAAUGACCGCCCAUUGAAGCGACAUGCCCAGGUCAAGGAUGUCCAAAGAAAGAGAAGUCGGCCCUCGCCAUGGCCAGAGGCGGAUGUCAGUCAUGCGCCCGACAGCGUUCAAAGAAGAGAAACCCAAGAUCAGGUCACUGGUUCUCCACCCAUGGUGACUCCUAUACCCGAUCCUAGCAAUAUCGGGGGGGAGACUCCCGAGCUGGGCGACAAUGCCUCGCGCGACGGUCUAAGCGGCGUAAACCUGCACACCAGUGGCACCGAAUUCUACGGCAACUCUUCGAAUCUGGCUUUUCUAGGAAACUUGUAUGCGCGAGCCCGUCACCAAGCGGACAGUGAAGUACCACAUGUGGCUGAUCUGCCGUAUCCCCCCGCCGAGACCACUCAGGCAGACAUCGCCACUCCCACUGGGCAGCCUGACAAGCAGUCAGACGGCGGGCUUUCCAAAUCCCAGCUUUCUAUUGUCAACCUUCUCUACAAUCCGAGUUAUCCGAGUCACCUCCCGCCGCAAGUCAGCGGGAAGCUCGACGGAGAUCGUGGGAGAGAUUCGCAGCUUGGUGCCGGGGCCUUGCCACGGAGCCACGUCGGUAUACUGAUGAUGAGUUUAGUUCGUGAUGCUACGCCGUCAGUUGAGGAGCUCACCUUAGAAGCGCAGCUAGAGAUCGAAAAGAUCUUCAUCAGCAGCUAUUUCUCCAACAAACACUACGUCCACCCCAUGCUUAAUAAAAAUGAUUUCAUGCAGCGCUGUGAGCAUGAGGCUUUCGUCUUGUCUCACCGAUCCAGAUUUGCCCGGGGCAUGUCUAGGUUCGCUGGCCUCUAUUUUGCUGUGGUGGCGGUGGGCGCUAUUAAUGCAAGCCCUAACGAGACGUCUCUACUAGAGCAUUACUCCACGACUGCAGAUAGUGGCUCUGGGGGGACAAGUACCGAACAACCGUCGGCGUUGGAUUUUGCAAAUCAUUACUUCAAGAUAGCCAAGCAGGCUCUUGGUGAUUUGUUUGAGGGGGGAUGUCUAGAGAGUGUGCAGGCACUCUCGCUACUGGGCGUGUACUGUCAGAAUGCCCUGCGGCCACACAGCUGUUUCAUGUACAGCGGCAUGGCCGCGAGGACGGCUGUGGCAAUUGGACUCACAUCCGGUAUGUCGUCUCUUUCUUCGAGUAUGCGGAGAGAAGGUCGACGAACGUGGUGGUGUCUCUACUCUCAUGAAAUAGAGAUGUGUUGCUCUUCCGGGCGCCUUGACAGCAUGAAGGACCUCCAGUAUUACCAAGUUCCACUGCCAACAAUCAAAGGCACCCCCGACAGCCAGUCCGAUCCCGACGCGGAGGACCAAGACGUAGCUAUAAUCCCCGUCAUGGCAGCCCUAGCUCACAUCAUGUCCGAAGCAUCGCAUCAGCUCUACCAUUCUUCCAAGAUUUCGACGGACGAGAAGUCCCAGAUUGCGCUAGAAUUGGACCGCAGGCUGCUAGGGUGGAAGGCCAAGAUCCCGCCGUUUUUAGACAUCGACAUCGUGGCUCUGAAUGACCCCGAGUGGGCCUUCAAGCAGAAACUGGUUCUAAAGCUGCGAUUCUACAACACCCGCAUAUUGAUCCACCGUCCCUUUCUGGCGGGUGCAACCGCCAACACCGAGUCGCCCGCGCUUCACCAGCAUUUGCACCCUUGCCUAGAAGCCGCACGUAACAGCAUCCAGGUGCAGUACGAAUCGUUUGUGCACCGGAUGUACUUUCGAACAUGGUGGUACAACACCACCUACGCUUUAUAUGGCGCCAUGAUCCUUUUGCACAUCGUGCUGUCAGGCUUUCCAGGUAUCGACGACGACGCACUCCUCCAGGAGGUGGACAAAGCCGUCGAGAUCUUCGAGUCGAUGAAGAAUAUUCUCGUGGCGCGCCGCUGCGCCGAGAUGAUCCGCGAGGUGUCGGACGUGGCGCGGGCGUGUCUGGCCCGCCGGGGGGCGCUCGUCCCGCCCGCACAGCCUGCGUUCGGACUCCAGCCUGAUGUGACGGCUGUUCACGAUGAUAUUGGACAGGAUGAGUUCUUUUACUCUUUGUUCAACCAGGACGCGCAGGCUGACACGCGUGCGGAGAUGCUGGCGAAUCUGGUGGAUCCGACAAUCCUGGAGGAUUUUGCGUUUGGGGACUUUUCCUUCAUGGGAUAG